CGUAUAUGACGAAAACGACACCAUUUUGAUGAGCAUCCACAGGGCUAACAGCAGCUAGCUCAGUCAACACAGCGACACUUUAGUCCGGUUUUUUUGUUGUUUUUCGGAGCUUUACUCUGAAGGCUCGGCGGGCCGGGGCGCACAGGCCGGCGGGUUCGGGCGCUGAAGCUUCUUUCGUCUGAGAAAUGGACGGAGAAGAAGACGACUUCAUGUCCGGCAGCCACUCCGACGAUGGUGGCGGCACUCCGGUCCAGGACGAACAUCCCGGCUCAGACGGCGAGGAGGAGAUGCGGAGCGACAAGCACCAGUCUGAGGAGGAGGGCAGUGACGGCGAGGAGGCCUCCCGCCGCAUGGACACCAACGGGACGGCCAGUGGCUCAGACAACGAAGGCCGGCGAGGGGCCGACAGCGACUCGGAGGGCGACGCUCCCCGCCGCCGUGAUGACGACAGCGACUCUGAGCCGGAAGCCCCGAGGCCGGCGGACAGCGACGACGACUCUCCGGCCAAACGCAGGAUGAGCGGCUCUGACGAGGAGGAGUCGCCGGAGAAGCGCAGGAUGAGCGAGGAGUCGUCACCGGUCAAACACAGCGCCUCCGACAACGAGGAGGAGGCAUCGUCGCCUGCCAAGCGCAGGGGCAGCACCUCGGACAUGGAGGAGGGGGAGGGGCAGGCGGGGCCCAGGGCGGCCGCCGACAGCGACUCAGAGAAUGAGGACGCCAAGCCACGGCCGGCGGCGUCCCCGAGCCGGCGGUCUGACGCCGACAGUGACUCUGACACAGAGACGACUGCCAAACGCAAGGCAGCUCAGAUAGACUCUGACGAAGAGGAGGAUGCUGGGAAACAGAAGGAGGAGGCGGGAGGAGGGGGGAAGUGGAAGGCGGUGAUGCAGUCAGACAGUGAGGAGGAGGAGGGAGGGAGGACGAAGGCUGCGCUAGGAAGCGACGGCGAGGAGGAGCGGAGGGAGCAGAAGGCUGACAGCGACGAUGACGACGACAAGCCAGUGAAGAGGAAGAAGGCCAUCCUGUCAGACAGUGAGGAUGAAGAUGAGGAGAAGGCCGACAGACCAGUGAAGAGGAGCCGGGCAGUGUCGGACGACGACAACUCGGACAGCGACGGCGGCUCGGACGGUCCCGAUAAGAGCAUGGCCGCCAAGCUGAGGGAGCUGGGCUCCGCCAGCGAGGACGACGAGGAGGAGGAGAGGAGGAAGGCCGCAGCCGGGAAGAAGGACGAGAAGACGUUGUUUGGCAGCGACAGCGACUCAGGCGACGAUGAGGAGGAGAAAAUGAUUGCAGACAUCUUUGGAGAAUCAGGAGACGAAGAGGAAGAGGAGUUCACGGGCUUCAACCAGGAGGAGCUGGAGGGCGAGAAGGAGCAGUCGAAGGAGCAGAGGCAACAGGCGGAGGAGGAGUCCGACUCCGACGAGGGCAUUGACCGCAGCGGCAAAGACAUGAGCUUCAUGUCCGACUUUGACAUCAUGCUGGCUCGUAAGAAAGCGCAGAGCGGCCGGAGGAGGAGGAACCGAGACGGAGGCACGUUCAUCAGCGACGCCGACGACGUCGUCAGCGCCAUGAUCGUCAAGAUGAACGAGGCGGCAGAGGAGGACCGAACCCUGAACAGCCAGAAGAAGCCGGCGCUGAAGAAGCUCAGUCUGCUGUCCACGGUGGUGAUGCACCUCAAGAAACAGGACCUGAAGGAGACGUUCAUCGACAGCGGCGUGAUGUCGGCCAUCAAGGAGUGGAUCAGUCCUCUGCCAGACAAGAGUCUGCCUGCUCUGCGGAUCAGAGAGGAGCUGCUCCGCAUCCUGCAGGAGCUGCCCAGUGUGAGUCAGGAGACUCUGAAGCACAGCGGGAUCGGCCGGGCCGUCAUGUUCCUGUACAAACACCCCAAAGAGUCUCGCUCCAACAAAGACCUGGCCCUCAAACUCAUCAAUGAGUGGUCACGGCCGAUCUUUGGCCUGACGUCAAACUACAAAGGAAUGACCCGAGAGGAGCGGCAGCAGAGAGACCUGGACCAGCAGAUGCCUCAGAGACGACGGCUCAGUUCGGGCGGUCAGACUCCUCGCAGAGACCUGGAGAAACAGCUGACUGGGGAAGAAAAGGCCCUGCGGCCUGGCGACCCCGGUUUCUGUGCCCGAGCUCGGGUGCCGAUGCCGUCCAACAAGGACUACGUGGUUCGGCCCAAGUGGAACGUGGAGGUUGAGUCCAACAGGGGUCCGGUGAAGAAAGGGCUAUCUCGCGUCGAUAAGCAGAUGCGUCGCUUCGCAGACAUCCGCCGCCUGACGAAGACGGGUCACGCUGUCAAGAUCAGCGUGGAGGGCAACCGGAUGCCGCUCUGAGUUUUAUCUCCUUAGGAUUUAUUCACUUUUUUUUUCUUUUUAAUGUUUUGCUCUGCAACAAUCCCACAGUUCUGCCCAGUCCUUCUCCCUCCCCUCCCCUCCCGGCUCCAGGUCCGCCUGCUGGCUCAAAUCACCUGUUUUACAGUGUAAAUAUGUGCUGCAAAUUGUUCAGUCCAUUUACAUACAAUUUGCUCUGUUCAUACAGCAACCAUAUUUGAUUUACAAACGAGCAGGUUGGAAUAAGAGAAAAGUCUGAUGUACUGAUAAAUAAUGAUUGUAACUAGAGAGAGAAGAUCCACUGAACUGAUGGUGAUCCAUAAUGUUAGCCAGUGUUAGCACUCAGCUACAUUAGCUUUAUCGCAAAUCAACAAGAUCUACAUUAACUUCAUCUCCUACCAGGUUAUUAAUGUUAGAAAUCAAUUAUGUUAGCUUUAUUUCCAGCUAGGCUCACGGUGUUAGCUGUGAACUUGGUUUGGAGGGAAGUCUAACGGAGCCGCCUGCUAAAUUUAGCUAAAGCCGUGUAAACGAUGAUGAUGGUGAACAUUUUAACCCUUUGAAACCUGGAUGGACACCAGAUUCCUGCGUCCAUAUGACGCAAAUCAAAUAAGGCCGCUGUGUGAAUAGAAACUCAGACUCCACAACCUUCUCACGCCAAAAGUCGUGCUGUUUGACUUGGGAAGGACAUUUACUGCCUGGAUUGAAAGGGACGUGAACCUGACACCUCCCUCCCUUCCCUCCCUCCCCCCUCCUGGUGUCUGGUGUGUUGGGAUGUUACAGGCUGGUGGUUUUUGUCCCCGCUCUGCUCCUGUAGACGCUGUACAGAGAGCAGGAGUAACUGUGUGCGGGGCUGACUUCACACAGCCGGCAGCGCUCAGGUUCAGGUCGGAUCUCGUCCCGCAGGUGUGAACAGGUGGAGGCCGCGUGCCGUCCGGCGUCUCAGGCUCCUGCCGCGUUCAGACGGUCCGGAGUUUCUCAGAUCUGACUUCAGCUGUGAUGUUAUUUGAGUUUUUGCUGUGUGGAGGCAGCCCGUCUGUCUGCACCGCUCUGGAACAAAUGAUACUUUUCAUAAUAAAGAGGGUUCGACUCAC